CCUGCGCCUGGAGGACGUCUAUCGAGGAUCCAGCCGACAGUCAAUAGACGGUUCUCGACCGGGCAUUGCUGGAACCGUCUCGAUCUUGCUUUGAUAUUCGAUCAUAGGCGGAUCCUUGGAUCCGAGUGCGUAUACUUCGUGCGUUCAACGAAAUUGAGAUCUGCAGACUUCCACCGGCGAUAGACGUAUAGACGUACGGUAAUACACAAGGAUGGCGCCGAAUAUAAUCAGCUCUCCUACAGGAAUAUUAUAUGAGGGUGAAACUCUUGCCGACUCGCAAUUGAUUGCGGAGGAGACCAAGGAAAAACCUAAAUAUGUUAGACGCAUUGUUUGGAGAAAUGUAGCGAUUUUCUCAUUCCUACAUCUCGGCUCUCUUUAUGGAAUUUAUUUAUCGUUUACCUCCGCUAAAUUGAUGACUGUUAUUUUCGCAUUUUUAUUGUAUCAAUUAAGCGGCUUAGGAAUCACCGCCGGGGCUCAUAGGCUUUGGGCACAUAGAUCUUACAAAGCCAAGUGGCCUCUUCAGCUGCUACUUGUGAUCAUGAACACUAUUGCAUUUCAGGAUGCUGCGAUUGAUUGGGCCAGAGAUCACAGAGUUCAUCACAAGUACAGUGAGACCGACGCCGAUCCGCACAAUGCUACAAGGGGUUUCUUCUUCUCGCACAUAGGCUGGUUAUUGUGUAGGAAACAUCCAGAAGUCAGGGAGAAGGGCAAGCGUAUCGAUUUGAGCGAUCUUGAGAGUGAUCCCAUAUUGGCGUUCCAAAAGAAAUACUACGUCAUACUGAUGCCAUUGCUAUGCUUUAUUUUACCAACCGUUAUUCCGGUCGUGUGCUGGAACGAGACAUGGACGAAUGCUUACUUUAUUCCCACUGUCCUUCGUUAUAUUUUUACGUUGAAUAUGACAUGGCUAGUAAAUUCCGCGGCUCAUCUCUUCGGCAACAAACCAUACGACAAAUAUAUCAAUCCAUCGGAGAAUAAAGGCGUUGCUAUAUUCGCUCUGGGCGAAGGUUGGCACAAUUACCAUCACGUUUUUCCCUGGGAUUAUAAGACGGCCGAGCUCGGUAAUUACAGAUUCAAUUUCACGACAGCCUUUAUCGAGUUCUUUGCGAAGAUCGGCUGGGCCUAUGAUCUAAAGAGCGUAUCCGAAGAGAUAGUAAGAAAACGGGUGGAAAGAACAGGCGACGGUAGCCACGAAUUAUGGGGUUGGGGUGAUAAGGAUCAAACUCAAGAAGAGAGAGACGAAGCAAUAGUAACGUAUCAUUAUACAAGGGAUCAGUAAAAUGUAUGUAUGUAUGUAUGUACACGCAAAACUUUUGAUUAAUACGUAAAACUUCUUUCCGUAUUCGGUCACGGAUCGAUUUGCUUGUACAAAUAUCAUGAAGAAUGCUAUUUAAGUCGACGUUUCAAAAUUUAUGUCUUGAUCAUCUCAUAUCUUGUUUCCAUGAUUAUUUGGCAGGUUUUAUAAUAUCUUUAGAUAUAAUAUACCCUUAGAAGGCCCGACAUUGAGCAGGAUUUUUUAUAAUAUCGAUGGUGUUCUGGAUUUCGAACGCUGUACUGACUUGAU